AUGUUGGAAGGCUUGGUCGCUAACCUGCUCAACCGGUUUUUGGGCAUCUACGUCAAGAAUUUCGACGCCAAGCAGCUAAACAUCGGUAUCUGGUCUGGGGAUGUCAAGUUACGAAAUCUGGAGCUGCGCCGGGAAGCUCUGGAUCAAUUGCAUCUCCCUCUCAAUGUCGUCGAAGGCCAUGUUGGUGAACUUACGCUAUCAAUACCCUGGUCGAACCUACGAGGGAAACCGGUCAAGGUCGACAUCGAAGAUGUAUUCCUGCUCGCUGCGCCAAAGGAGGAUAUCGACUAUGAUCCGGAGGAAGAGGAAAAGCGAGCGAAUGCCAUCAAGAUGGACAAGAUCGAGAGCGCAGAGAUUCUCAAAGAGCGCAAUUCUGAAGGAAUGAGCCAGGAAGAGCAGCGCCGUAACCAGAGCUUUACGCAGAGUCUGGUCACUGCAGUAAUCGAUAACCUUCAGAUCUCUAUCAAGAAUGUGCAUUUUCGUUACGAAGACUCGAUAGCCUCCCCAGGGCACCCGUUUGCUGUCGGCUUUACGUUGAAGGAACUGAGUGCCGUGAGCACGGACGCGGAAUGGAGGCCAACUUUCAUCCAGUCAACGUCCGGCACUACCCACAAGAUGGCUAUUCUGGGUGCGCUUUCUGUAUAUUGGAAUACGGACGCCGAGCUUUUUGGCACAGGUCGGGGCUCUGAUGUAGGCGCAGAAGCACAGGGAAUUGACCAUGCGGAACUACUGGAGAGGUUGAGGUCUGGUAUAGACAAUGAAGAUGGAAACCAGUUCAUCCUGCGACCCGUCAGUGGACGUGCUGGCUUAGAGAUGGAUAAAACCGGAAAUCAUGAACAACCAGCUGUCAAUGCGCGACUUUUGUUUGACGAGAUCGGUUUUGUUUUAGACGACGAGCAAUACCGAGAUGCAUUGAUGCUUGUCGACCUCUUCCACUGUUUUAUCCGCCACCAGGAGUAUAGGAAACUUCAACCAAAGUCGCGACCGAAAGAGGACCCCAGGGCCUGGUUUAGGUAUGCAGGAGAAGCCGUACUGAGUAAGAUUCAUGAUAGGAACAGGCGGUGGACAUGGGAUUACAUCAAAGAACGAAGGGACGAUCGGAUCGCGUACAUUGAUCUCUUCAAGAAGAAAAAAAGGGAGGAGAUGUUAUCAGCAGAGGAAACGGAAGAGUUCAACCGGUUGGAAAGAAAGCUGAGCUAUGAGGAUAUCCGAUUCUGGCGCUCGCUUGCGAGAAAUCAAUUGCGGAAGGAGAACGUAGGCGUGAAGAAGCCCCCGCGACAGCAGACAUGGUCCGAGUGGAUAUGGGGUUCUAAGAAAGAGGACUCCGAAGAAACUGCCAUGACUGAGGAACAGCGGCAGGAACUCUACAAUGCCAUCGAUUGGGACGAGAAGAAAACUAUCACGGAAAGCGUCGAUGUUCCGAGAGAAUGGGUCAAGCUCCAAGUAAACGCUGGCCUGAAAGCCGGAAGUCUGACUUUGGUACGCGGUCCUCAUGGAGACGCAAACGAAGUCAUGAAGUUCGUGUUUGACAAUUUCCGGGCCAAAGCACUGCAACGCCCAGACUCUUUCUUCCUGGAUCUUGACCUUGGGGGCCUGAGAGUUUACGAUGGCACAACUGAAGGCAGUCUCUAUCCGCAGAUUGUCAGAGUCAAGGACUCGCUUCCAGAGCCGAAGCACCGCCUGUCGCAGAUAUCCAGCAGUGGAGAGUUUGACCCCGAGGAGGGUGUUGAUGACCUGGAAGAUGAGGAUAGUUUGUUCCAUUUACAGCUUGAGCAGAACCCUCUCGAGAGUGAUGCGGAUUCAGUUGUUAAAGUCAAGCUGAAAAGUAUUGAGGUAAUUUACAAUCCGAAAUUUAUCGUGGAGAUUACGAGGUUCUUCAGGCCACCUGAGCGACACAUGGAAUCCAUUGGCGCCAUCCUCGACUCGGCUGGUGCCACGGUGGAAGGUAUCCGACAGCAGACACGGGCAGGAUUGGAGUUUGCUUUGCAGGAGCAUAAGAAGGUCGAUGCGCAAUUUGACGUUCAUGCACCUCUAAUCAUUGUUCCGGAAAGUAUCACCCACGAAAGCUCACUGUGCCUAAUCAUCGAUGCCGGUCAUGCCAGCGUCAACAGUGAACUAGUGGACAGGCAGACCAUGAAGGACCUUCAAUCGAAGCAAAAGCGGCAGUAUGACACUGGUGAUUAUAAAGAGCUGGAACACCUACUCUACGAUAGGUUCUUAAUAAAACUUGAUUCCACACAGGUUGUUAUAGGCCCCGGAAUUGAGACCGCCAAAGCCCAGCUCGGGCCGGAUGUCGAGUCAAAGAACUUACAUAUAAUUGACCGCAUCAAUGUCGACUUCGUUCUGGAAAUGUGCAUUGUGCCGAAGCUUACCGAGUUAACUCGAACGCGGAUAUCUGGCCAUCUCCCUGAGCUUCACGCGUCGAUGUCGGACACGAAAUACAAGGGGCUGAUGAAACUCAUCGAUAUUGCCAUUCCGCGGUUCGACGACGAGGCGCAGGAUACAAAUACUUCCAAAAAUAAGGAAGGAACGUCGAUAACUCACACUCGAGCUAGGUCAUCCUCUUUCCAACCAAUCGGCCAAAGAGAGCUUCCUGUUGUGGACGAAGAGUCGGAUAUAGAAGACAGUGACCAGAUCAGUAAAAGUGUGGACAAACUACCUGAUAUUCACCGUCGAGACUUUGAGUUCAAGUUCACUGUCGGCCGCCUUCGCGGCUCCUUGUUCCGGUCCGAUUCGACUGACCCCUUCCGCGAACAGCUGUUGGUUGAGCUUGUUGCUGAGGGCUUUGCAUUAGACUUCUAUAUGCGACCUUUUGACAUGGUAGCCGAAGUGAUUCUUAAGUCUCUCAGUGUGGAUGACUACAUAGAGGCGAACCCGGUUCCUGAAUUUAAAAAGAUCAUCUCAUCCACGGGUUUCGAUGCGGAUGAGAACAAGGACCUGUUCUAUUUGAGAUUUGUUCGAGUGAAGCCUGAGUCUCCAGAAUUCCACUCAACGUAUGAGGGAGUGGCGAUGAACCUUGAUAUCUCUGUAUCAACCAUCAACCUUGUUGUCACGAGAAAAACGCUCCUAACACUGUUGGACUUCAUCCUUCUCACAUUUACAAACCCACAGCAACCGAAUCAAGAUACUCAGGCAGCACUCACUAUUGAGGAUACCGAGUCUGCCGAACAACAACCGCAGCAAGAGGGGAAGAUCCGCAUCAAAGCCGACUUGAAGAGUAUUGCUUUAAUCCUGAAUAAUGAUGGUGUCAGACUUGCUACACUCAGUCUUCAUACCGCCGAUGUGGGAAUUUUCCUUGUUGGCCGGACCAUGCUCAUACAGUCUCGUAUCGGAAGCUUGACAUUGAUAGAUGAUGUCAAUACUGGCGCAAAGAAGAGUUCGGACCUCAGAAGGCUCCUAACAAUUGAAGGCGAUAAUUUUGCCGACUUCAAAUACGAAACAUUCGACCCUGAGGCUCCCGAGUACCCAGGCUAUGACUCGGAGGUUUUCCUAAGAUCGGGAUCAAUAAAGAUCAAUUUCCUCGAGGAGCCUUACCGAAAGAUUAUCAACUUCCUCGUCAAGUUCGGCAAGAUGCAAGCCAUCUUCAACGCUGCCCGGCGGGCCGCAGCCAACCAAGCCAAUCAAUUACAGGAGAAUGCCUCUAGGAUGCGCUUUGAUGUUGUAGUUAUGACCCCAAUUCUCGUAUUUCCUGGUGCUAUGAGUGAGGACCGACCCUACGACACGGUGACUGCUCACCUCGGUGAGAUUUAUGCUAAAAACACCUUUGUGCCUCUUGACGAAGAGCAACCUGACAGUCCCGCUGUGAAUCUGAUAUCCACAGGGAUCCGCAAUAUUCGACUGACAUCCAGAUUCCACUAUGCAGGGGGUGCUGUAGAGGAGCUCGAAAUGAUCCAAAAAGUCAAUCUUGACUUCAGCAUAUGCUACCUUGAGCAUCAGCCUGGCAAUCCACGUCCUGAUAUGGAAAUCGAGGGAACAAUGUCACCUAUUAACCUACGAGUCUCACAGAAGCAACUCAAGUUCCUUCUAGAUAUAACCAGGACUGCGCCUAAUGCCUUCGUAACAGAUUCGGAGCAGCAGGAGUUAGAGGCCAAGGAAGCUCUCCCUUCCCUCACCGAUUCUGGAAAGGAGACAGAGUCCAGUUUGGUCCAAAGCACAAAUCAACACAAUGUGGCGACUACGGACCCCAAUGGUAAAGGGGAGAACUGGGUGCGACUUGACAUGAUUUUCAAGGCAGAUAGUGUCGGUCUUGAGCUUAUCCUCGGAAAAGACGACGCGCCUAUUGGUAGUCUCGACGAUGCCAGUCUAUCUAAGUUCUCGCUCAAUGACACCCAGGUCAAAUUGCGCAUGCUAAUAGACGGCUCACUGGAAUCUGAACUUUUAAUCCAUUCGUUUUCUAUUCGUGACAGUCGAAAGCAGGAAACGAACAAAUUCAGAAAGAUCAUGUCGCUAAUCAACAAUGAUGUCAAGCAGCAAUUCAUGGCUAGCGUCUCUAUCUCACCCGGCCCUGCAAAACAUCUAAUCGCCAUGUUGACAAUUGACAGCCCCCGGAUUAUACUGGCCCUGGACUACUUGUCUGCCCUACAAUCAUUCGCCAAUUCUGUCUUUUCUGCGGAUGAGCCCCAGGAGGAUGAGGAAGAUAUCGAAUCUCCUGAAGAAGAUGAACCCAGAUCUAGCAUGGCGGAGAGCACUGACGGAUCCAUACGCUCUCCCUCGCUUGAAGAAGAACCUCAGGCACCAAGCCAAAUGACGGUGUCGUUCAGGGUGAGCCUUGUUGAUGCUCAGAUCAUCACCAUAGCCAACCCUGCAAUUCCUCAUACUGAGGCUAUAGUCCUCGGGGCUAAGGAAGUCCUUUUCUCAAAGCAAAAUGUUUCGACUUUGCACGUAAGCAAAAUCGGAAUGUUCCUUUGUCGCAUGGACAAGUUCGAGACAAGCAGACUUCGGAUUCUAGAUGACUUCACACUUGAGUUAUCAAUGGACAGUCGCUCCCAGGACAGAGGCGCAUCACUAACGUCUAUCGAUAUCCAUGUCGAGCCGCUUGUUUUGCGCCUCUCACUUCGAGACAUCUUGAUGGCAAUACAGAUUGUCAACAAGGCCUCGGAAAUGAGGGCCGCGAGAAUAUUACCGGCUGAAACAGGCGAGACCAAGGCGUUACCAGAGAGCACGGGCACAUUCGGUUCGAGAACAAGAAGGAAAUCAUCAGUCGGCAAGCAAGCAUCAGCAGCGGCCACGAAAAGAUCUCACCGACGCUCUAUUGGUGCAGUGAAUGCGAUUGAUCGCAAGCCCGUCAACAAGCGGUCCGUGGUCCUGCAACGAGAGGAGCUUAAAGCUCAGGUUGACGGGGUCAGGGUCAUCCUCAUUGGUGAUUUGCACGAUCUUCCAUUGUUGGAUUGGAGCGUUAAGAAGUUCAACGUUGAUGCCCGCGAUUGGUCAUCCACUCUCACUGCAGAUACCAGUUUCGACACAUUUGUCAACGUGUACAACUUCUCCAAGUCAGCCUGGGAACCCCUUAUCGAGCCCUGGCAACUGGGAAUUCACAUGGCCAAGGAAGUUAACCCUGAUGUCUUCUCGGUUGACGUAUACUCACAUAAAACAAUGGAGCUGACAGUUACAUCUGCUACAAUUGACCUCGCGUCCAAGUCUUUCCAAUUCUUCUACACCGAUGAGGACGUACUCUCAAAGCCGAGAGGAGCUGAUGCACCUUAUCGGAUCCGCAAUUACACUGGCUUUGACCUCCAUGUUUGGGCUGAUGUUGCUGAAGGAGAGGAUGGACCGGCCGCUAAGCUUGCCGACGGUGAGGAAUAUCCUUGGCGGUUUGAAGACUCAACUUCCAUGCGUGAAACCCUCGCACCAGAAGGCCAAGCGGGUCUUGUUGGCGUGAAACUGGAGGGCAGCGGGUUUGACAGCGUGACUCGUAUUCCCGUUGUACGAGAAGGCGAGUUCUUGUACAAUCUUAAGCCCAAAAAGGACACUGUACUCCACCGACUCCUAGUCGAGGUCAAGCUGGGCCCAGAUAAUGUGAAGUACAUCACAAUCCGUUCGCCACUUCUGGUUGAGAACAACACUCAAAUACCUGUGGAACUUGGAGUUUUCAAUCCACAAGAUGGCCAUCUCCUGAAGAUCGAGAAAAUUCUUCCUGGCGAUGCUCGUCCUGCUCCCGUUGGAGCCGCGUUCAUGCAUUCUAUCGUCAUUCGACCCGACCAGGGCUUCGGUUACGAUUGGUCACACGAACAACUGUAUUGGAAAGACCUUAUGCGCCGACCGACUCGUACCAUCAAAUGCUUGAGCGAAGGCGCGCAACAAUCUCCUCCAUUCUAUUUUCAGACCAACGCUACAUUCAAUGCGAGGGAUCCUCUUACGAAGAUCUAUCCGUACAUGCGCAUCCGGAUCUUUGCACCUGUUGAAAUUCAGAAUCUCCUACCGUACGACUUCAAGUACCGUAUCUAUGACAAGAACACGAGGAAAGACUGGACGAAUUUCUUGCGCAAGGGCGGCGUUAGCCCGGUCCACGUCGUUGAAUUAGCACACCUACUAUUACUCAGCGUUGACCUUGAGGAUACGGUAUUUAAACAAAGUGACUUCUCCAUUAUCAACGGAAAUGCGCACGAUUUUAGAAGGGAGCAUACCCUAUCCUUAAAGGAUGAGCGGGGCCUUCCAUUGAAACUGAAGCUACAUUACUUCAAUGUACCUGACAGUGGAGGUGCCUUUAGAGUGUCGGUGUACAGUCCAUAUCUCAUCCUGAACAGGACAGGUCUUACGAUGGAGGUACAAAGCAAGGCCUUUUUGCAAUCAGCUCGCUCCGCAGCGGGACAAGGGUUGAGGGCCGAAGCUGGCUCCAGGCAAAGGCGGGUUCGUCCGUACAUGUACUCUUAUGCGACAGAGGACCAGAAGAAUCGGUCUAUAAUAAGGAUAGGCGAUUCUUCAUGGAGCAAACCGCAAAGUUUCGAAGCCAUUGGAAGCACUUUUGAGGUUGUCCUUCCUGACAGAGAUGGCAGAUCGGAGUACCAUGCGGGAGUGUCGGUCGCAGAGGGUGAGGGCAAAUACAAGCUUACCAAGAUUGUCACAAUUGCACCUCGUUUCGUCUUGAAAAACAAACUGGAGGAAGACAUUCUGGUCAGAGAGCCGGGUUCUUCGAAUGUUACAGACAUCAAAGGCGGCGAUCUAGUACCUCUACACUUCCUACGCCAGGCCGGCGAAAAGCAGCUCUGCCUCUGUUUCCCUGGUGUGAACAAUCAAUGGUCGUCCCCGUUUAAUAUCGCGGACGUUGGGACGGUAUACGUCAAGCUGGCCAGGCAGAACCAGCGACAGCGGCUGAUAAAGAUCGAUGUCAUCAUGGAAGCUGCCACCUUAUUCGUUCACCUAAGCCUCGAACACCGUAACUGGCCUUUUUCCAUGCGCAACGAGAGCGAUGUAGACUUCAUGUUUUAUCAAACGAACCCGAACUUGGAAGAUGACGAGGAAGACCGGACAAAUACCUGGCGACCGAUCCGCUACCGUCUACCUCCUCGCAGCAUCAUGCCAUAUGCCUGGGACUUCCCGGCGACAAAGAACAAGUCUCUCGUGUUGGCUUGCAAGGGCAAAGAACGGCGGAUUAGGCUGACCGAGAUUGGAAACUUGAUACCUAUGCGUAUUCCUCCCAGUCAGCCUGGAGAAGCGCAGAAGAUCAUCGACAUCAAUAUUGUUGCUGAUGGUCCGACGCAGACUCUGGUUUUAUCGAACUUCAAAGCAUCAAAGAGUAUAUAUCGGCAGCAAAGAUCACAAACCUCGCAAACGAGCAUCAAUACUGGCUUCGAAGUCAAGGAAUUUGACUCUGAUGUCAAUUUCAAAGCUCAGCUUCACCUUGGUGGUAUCGGUAUCUCCUUAAUCAACCAGAAAAUGAAGGAGUUACUUUACAUGACGUUCCGUGAUAUCGAGGUCAAGUUCAAGGAAUCGAAGGCUUACCAGACUCUGAACACCACCAUCAAAUGGAUUCAGAUCGACAACCAACUUUACGGCGGAAUUUUCCCUAUGCUGCUGUAUCCCAGUGUCGUCCCCAAAACUGGUAAGGAAAUGGAAGCCCAUCCCAUUUUCCAUACUAUGAUCACACGCGUGAAGGAUGACUCGUAUGGUGUCCUUUACAUAAAGUAUGCUACUUUGCUGCUUCAGCAGAUGACACUGGAACUUGACGAGGAUUUUAUCUUUGCUAUGCUCGAUUUCACCAAAGCGUCCGGUGCUGCUUGGGCCGGGAAGCAUGAAGACAAGCUCUGUGAAGAACAACUGAACAUUCCGGAGCCACAGACUGAAGGCGCUGCGCAAGAUGUAUACUUUGAGCUCCUGCAUCUGCAACCUAUGCAGCUCGAUAUCUCUCUGAUGCGCACUGAACGAGUGAACGUAGAGGAUACUUUGCAGCCUUCCAAUCCCUUGAUGUUUAUUGUCGAUGUGAUGACAAUGUCAAUGGGCAAUGUCAAUGAUGCGCCUAUUAAGCUGAACGCCCUAAUGAUAGAGAAUGCCCGCGUCUCUUUCCCUGUCCUCGCCAGCAACAUCCGAAGACACUAUACCCAGGAAUUUCUUCGUCAGAUUCACGUUGUACUCGGCUCAGCGGACUUUUUGGGCAAUCCAGUUGGCUUGUUCAAUAACGUCAGCUCUGGCGUGGCUGCGAUCUUCUAUGAACCAUACCAGGGCCUUGUCAUGACGGAUCGGCCUCAGGAGCUAGGCUAUGGUAUCGCUAAAGGCUUUGGCAGCUUCGCGAAGAAUACUGUUUUUGGUUUCUCGGACAGCAUCUCAAAGCUGACGGGUAGCAUGUCUAAAGGUCUGGCAGCUGCAACACUUGACAAGGAAUUCCAGGACCAGCGACGGAUGUCAAAGACCCGCAACCGGCCGAAGCAUGCGUUGUAUGGUAUCACGGCUGGAGGUAGAGCCUUUGGAAACAGCAUCGUCAGUGGUAUCGAGGGCAUUGCGCGGCAUCCACUCCAUGGCGCGGAGAAAGAAGGUAUCCAAGGAUUCUUCAAGGGCGUAGGGAAAGGUUUCCUCGGCUUGGCAACCAAACCAGCUAUCGGCGCCUUUGAUCUCGCUUCCAAUCUUGCUGAAGGUGUAAAAAACACCACAACGGUGUUCGAUGCCGAAGGUCUCGACCGCGUCCGGCUUACUCGCUUUGUUGGCAUGGACGGCAUUGUUCGACCAUACUCUCAGCGGGAGGCCCUCGGCCAGUUCUGGCUUAAGACAGCUGAUGACGGAAAGUACUUCAACGAGGAUUACAUUGCCCACCUUGAGCUUCCAGGGCGCGACAUGCUUAUUAUGUUGACAUACGAUCGGAUCAUGCUCGUGCGCAGCAAGAAGCUUGAAACCGACUGGGAUAUCCGACUGACCGACAUACAAACUAUCUCCAAAGAGCGCACCGGCAUGAGCAUCAUGCUCAAAGGUGGCGCCAAUGGACCAUUCAUCCCUGUACAAGACGAGAGUGCACGAAACUGGCUGUAUAAACAGAUCGCCAUUGCCGUCAAUGCAUUCAAUGAGAAGUAUACCAACAGGGCCUAA